UGACGCAGAUCAGUUUUGGUUGUCAUUGCAGUUGGACGCGUCGCACCUUGACGUCGAGUGCUCAGCACAAAUAUGCACAAGGCGGUGAAAAAUAAAUCCAGGUUGUUAUGCGGCCUCAAAAAUGCGAAAGCAGAUCUUACAACAGCCAAGUUUAUACUUUACUAUGGUCCCAGUGUAGCCGAUAGUGAUAUCUACGAUCUGAAUGAUUCGAAGAGUUUGUUGGAGGAUGAGCAUUUAGAUUUGACCAAAAACACAGUACUGUAUUUACAUGGCUAUUUGGAGGAUCCCGAUGUGGAGAGCAUUCAUGUUAUUGCUGAGGCCUAUUUGGAGCGCAACGAUACAAAUCUGAUUGUCCUCGAUUGGGGCGAGCUGGCUGAUGGUAAUUACAUGUUCGAUGCUGUUCCCAAUGCAAAGCAGUUGGGUCCUGAACUAGCCAAGGUCCUGCUGGAAAUGUUCGAUCAUGGACUGGAAAUUGACAAAUUCCAUAUCGUUGGCCAUUCGUUGGGUGGUCAGAUGGCUGGUAUUGUGGGUCGUGAAAUCCUUAAACGAACCAAGGGAGUUAGGAAAAUAAAAAGAAUUACUGGCUUAGACCCGGCAUUCCCGCUUUUCUACCUUGCUGGAUUAUGUAAUCAUCUGAAUAAGAAAGACGCCGAGUUCGUAGAUAUUAUACACACAGAUGCCUGGCUUUAUGGUGCACCUAGUAGCAGUGGAACUGUCGAUUUCUGGCCUAAUGGUGGCAAGACACUUCAGCCGGGAUGUCCGAAGCGCAAUUACAAAAUGCUUAGCGAUAAUGAUUUGUCUAGCCAUCGACGUAGCUGGUGGUUUUGGGCCGAAUCAGUUUCGGAACGUUUUCCCAUAGGAUUUGAUGCAGUAGCCUCAAAGAGCUGGGAUGAAUUUAAGCAAAAGAAGACGAUUGAAACUGAAUCAACCGUCGUAAUGGGUCACAAUUGUCCCACAAAUGUACAUGGCGAUUUUUACUUACAAACCAAUGGCGUAAGACCUUUUGCACGUGGCAGAGAGGGAACUGUCUAUGUGGAUCCCAAGGAGCUGUUGGGCAAUAAUAAUAGCUAUGAAACUGCAAUACCUGUCAAGGUAGAUCACUGCGAAUGUUAAAUGCGAAUGGAAUAAAUAAAUAUAAAUUGUUGCUUGCUUCUGUUAAACCAAAAAAAAAUU